AUGGUUAUUGUAGGAACACGCAGCAUAGUCAGCCUAGCAUGGCUCAGUCUUCCAAUACUUGCGAGGGCAUUGUCGAUGGAUCCAGAGGCCUCACCAUCCGCAGAUACCGAGCUCAUAUGCCCUACAGACAACCAAGCUGAAUGUUACCCUCGUAUCUUUCAACCAACAAGAGACUUCCAACUCAUCAAGCCUGGACAGGAUAUUCCACCAGGCCUUCACGUUCGGCUAAAUAUAUCUUCUGGCUUGAAAGAAGCUCGCCUGAAUAUUCCAAUGGAAGGUGAUGAUGUUACGCUGGAGCUUGACAUACCUACAGAACAAGCUAUGGUCGUCAUUGAAGAUGCCGAAGUUGAAACCUCGGAAGACCUGCAGCCACCCUCAGACGCACCGGCGUACAGUGGCCAUGGAAAGAUACAGCCCCCACCACCCUCAUCAUCUGACUUUGAAUCAUUCCGAACUUCUCUUGCCUCAUUGAAAAAGCAAGAUGCUUCCCUCGAUUCGGCUCUGGCUUCACUCUCGGAACUGUCACACGACAUUUAUUACGGAUCUGAACUUAUGGCCGACGAGGAGGCAGUUUCUGCCCUGAUAUGUCUCAUGGCCAUGGAAUCCUCGGGGGAUGGAGAUGAAAACGACCAUUCAGCCUCCGCCGCUCUCUCCGGUUCUCUACAAAACAAUCCUACUGCCAUCGGCUCCCUUUCCCUGUUUCACGACAUCGUCAUGAAACCUACUUGUCCUGUCCUUCGUGAAAAUGAAUUAAGUCUUAUUCCUGCACUCCAGAAGAAGCUGUCAGCCUCCACAACAUCACCCUUAUCUCUCAAAUCUCAAAUUUCAGCCCUUAGUGGCCUCUUGAAAUCUCCAGAAAUCCAAAAGUCUUUCCUUGAGCAAGAUGGUACUUCAUACCUACAAUCUGUCUUCUUGAAGUCUGGGUCUCAAUAUGACGUCGUUCGAAAACGUAUCGUACAGCUUUUGAUGGACAAUUUCUUAGAUGAUAGCAUGGGGGCGCGGAUAGGAGUCUGGCCGAAGGUAGAUGUAAAUCAGAAGGGGGAGAAGGAUUGCAAUGGCGACGUUAUCAAUGAUGAAUGUUGGGCUUGGUAUGGGAAAAGGUUUUAUGGAACGGAAGGUGGAAGAAAGGAAUGGAUGGACGAAUUUUUGGAAAAGAUAAGUCAGGGUAAUCAGAGCGGAGGGAGAGACAGGGAAUUAUAA